AUAAGCCUCCAUCCAUUAUUUGUCCGGAUGAUAUAACGGUAGAACUUAGUUUCAAUGAAAGCUCUUCAAAUCUCUCUAUUCCUCAACCAAUCACGAACAUGGAAGAUGUUGAAAUUUAUCCUGAUUGGAUAAGGUUAGAACAACCCAUUCCUUUCCCAAGUGGCAAAACAAACGUAUUAUUUAAAGUAAGAAAUGCUGACUCCAACGUGACUUCGCAGUGCAUCAUGACAAUCAAUGUUAUAGACACAGAACCUCCAAUGUUUUUUAUGUGCCCAGAAUCUUUUAGUGUGAGUGACGUCGGUUAUCAAGGGGUCAUUGUGACCUGGGAUGAGCCCGUUGCUACUGACAAUGUAGCCAUCCAAUCAGUUGUAAAAAACUUGGAACCAAAUUCUACUCUCAACGCCGGAGUUCAUUUUGUUGAAUACACAGCUAAAGAUGCUUCCGGAAACAGUGCAACCUGUGCAUUUCAAAUUAAUAUUACCCGUGCUCACUGUAAAGAUCUCAAUGAUCCUGAAAAUGGCAAGGCUGUUUGCAUGGAUUGGCUGAUGGGUAGGCUCUGCAGACCUGCAUGUAAUCCAGGCUUUUCACGUGAUCCCGAUGAGCCUAAAUUUUUUGCUUGUAGUGAUUCUGGAAAAUGGACCCCUUCAAAUAUCAUUUCCCCGUGUCUUUCUAUAUGUUCGAAUGGAACAGAAUGGUCAGCAAUCUCGCAAAGCUGUGAGGAAGAAUAGCUUUUAUUAUACAGUAGUAAAUAUUAAGGUACAAAGGCUAUUAAACUGUAAUUAAAAAUUGUUUUUAAGAAGUUUUCGAUACACAAAUGUUUCACACACUUGCAUUUAUCGUUUCCUAGUGACAUGCGUUUUUCCUAAAAGCACUUUCUCAACUUCUGAGCACUUGGCAGGGACAGGGAGUCCAUACACACUUUUCAGAUGUCAGUAGUUUUCACUUUUCUUAAUGACUUCUUCUAUUUUUGCAGCAUGAAGGUCUUCAUUAACUUUUCUUAUCGUCCCUUAGUGACAUGAAUGUUUCCUAGCACUUGUUUCACUUCUGAACACUUGACAGGGACAUACAGUGCUCUCUAUUCACCUUUUCCAGCUGUCUAUGAUCUUCACUUUUCUUGAUGACUGCACCCAUUUUCGCACCCAUUGACAACUGCUUACUUAUCAUACUUAUAGCAUUGCUUUCUAUACCGUAACAACAGACAACUACAGAGUGAAUCCUUUUAACCUUCCGUUAGUCGCGCGCACCUCACAGGUGCAUCCCUACUGCACUUCCACCUCCUUUGCCGUCAAUAGAUUUUUCCGGGGGUCGAGCCUAAUGUUACGUUCCUAACUUUGGAUUACUCAAAUGUCCGUGUAAAACCGACCUUAGAACAUGUCGAUGGAGAGUUGGAACCGCUCAAAUCACCCCUCUGGUGCAGCGCGACCAUUGACGCAAGUAUUAUGGAUAUAAUAUUUUUAUGAAUUAAAUAUAUAUAUUUUAUCUCAUUUUCUGUCCUUCUCAACGUAGCAGGUAUAAAUGGUCAAGUUAUAUACACAGAAAAUGGUUACGGAGUAAAAAACCGCAGAACCUUCUUGCGUCAAUUGGUUGAACAUCUUGUGAUGGAGGAAGAGAUCCGAGGCGAGAGCAAGAAAAAUUUAUCUUCGGUACUUCGCUAAAUAAGUUUUUUGAUAUUUAUCUCUCUAAAGAGUCUUAAAUUGGUAACAAUUAACUAUUUAAACUAGACUAAAUUUCAUUUGGCUUUCAAAAAAUCAGAAACACCUCAUAGGUGCAACGCGAUUAACCAUGUCGGAAACAAGUGCGCGACUAACGGAAGGUU